GCUUCGCUUUUGGUUCUUGGUUUGUUUGGCCCUCUGCUGUCUCUGUGGUUUUCCUUGUGGGAGGGUUCGAAGUGAAUACGGAUUUGAAGCUUGUUGUUGGAGUGAUACACCGAAAAGUAAACAUUUAUAUGAAACAUGAACCUCCGUCUCCUGGCCGAUUCAGACGUUCAGUAGUAUUAGUUAGUAGCUAUUUCUUGAACAAGCAGGUGAAGGAUGAAGCUGCGGGUCCGGGUCAAUAAACAGACCACUCGAGUGGAGCUGAGCGGAGCCGAUCCGACACUAGCAGAGCUGAGCAGCACCCUCCGGGAGUCCGUAUUGCCUUGUCUGGGCUACAGUUCUGUCUCAGAAUUCACACUCUCCCUGAAUGGCAAGGAAGCUCUCACAGACACUGGGCAGACCCUGACGGCCUGCGGUAUUGUAUCUGGGGAUCUCAUCUGUGUGGUCCUGCCAGAGGCCUUCCCAGCUCCCAGGCCUUCUCCAGCCCAGAACCACCCUCUCCCCCCAGAUCCCAGGCAGCUGCAGACACAGACACAGCCAGGACCUUCACACAGCGAGGAGAGCAGAAGAACACUGCAUCAUAACAGCAGAGACACAGCAAGUCACCAGCCAGAGGUGGGGUUCAGGGGCGCUGAGAUGGAGACAGUCCCAGGACACAGUGAUAGUGAUGAAGGGGCGGGUGGCUUCACUCCCGAGCCCAUGCUGUGCAGCGAGGCGGUGGACGGGAAGGUGCCCCACUCUUUAGAGACCCUCUAUCACCUGGCUCAGAGCAGCAGCCCCUGUGAUGCACUGGUGGUGGCUGUGCAUCUUCUGAUGCAGGAGACGGGCUACCUACCACAGGGCUCCGGAGCGGGGGCAGUGGACAUGCCUGCUGGUUGGAGGGCUGGAGGGCUUUACAGACUGCAGUACACACACCCGCUGUGCGAGGGAGGGGCCGCUGUGCUGCUCGCUGUGCCAAUGGGCAACAUCCUUGUUAUUAAUGCCACCUUGAAGAUUAACAGUGAGGUGUGCAGUGUGAGGAAAGUGCAGCUCAGCCCAUCUUCCUAUGUGUCAGACAGCGGCCAGGGGGAGAGUGCUGCAGACACCUACAAGGAUCUCCAGAAGUUAUCCCGUGUCUUUAAAGACCAGCUUGUGUACCCUCUUUUGGCGUCGGCCAGACAGGCUCUGGACCUGCCUGAUGUGUUUGGGCUGGCUGUCCUUCCCCCGGAGCUGAAGCUGCGUGUUCUGAGGCUGCUGGACGUCCGCUCUGUGGUCUCCCUCUCCGCUGUGAGCCAAGACCUCAACACAGCCACCAGCGACCCCUCGCUCUGGAGGUUCCUGUACCUGCGCGACUUUAGAAAUUCAACAAGCAGAGACAGAGGGACAGAUUGGAAAGCUCUCUACAAGACGACAUACAAGCAGAAGAGAGACAAGCCGUUUUACCCAGUCCCCGUCCAGCCCUAUUCCUUCGAUCUGUUCUCCACCCAACACAACCCCCCCUACCCCUUCUACCCCCCGGGGAUCAUCGGCGGAGAGUAUGACCAGAGGGCUGUGCUUCCUUACGUGGGGGGGCCCGGCGCCCCGCUUCUCCCAGGAGUCCUGCACCCCCCCGUCCCGCGCUUUGAUCCCAUUGGUCCCUUACCAGGGCAUGAGCCGGCCGCUCCCGGGAGAGGUGCGAUCGCUCGCCGUUUGCUGAGACCCACCGGCAACCGGUCUGCGGAUAUCCGCCGAGGCUUCAUUUGAGCUCGGGAAUGAAGGACUGCUGUUUCUUUGGGUUGACUUUGAACUCUUUCUUUUCAUUCCUUGCUUGUUUGCAGAGCAGUGUUUGUGUUUGUUAUUUCAGGACUCUGCUGUGCACUUUCUUCCAGGAGCGUUCCCCACUAGCCUACUGAUUUUGACAGCUGUACUUCUGUUUUUGCAACAAUGUAAUGCCAGAUUAGAAUAUUAUGUCAGGAGAGUGGUUUCAUUUUUAGUUCCCCCACCACCUCCACAAAGACAAAACUUUUUUUUUUUUAAUGUAUUAAGUGCCUUUUAGAUUAACUUACACAGUCGGCUUCACCAGAUGUUUCUCAUACAUACAAGCAACAUACUAAAAUAUUAACUUGUUAAAGGUAAUGUGUGUAGUCGGAGACGUCCCAUCUGUUUGCCUGCAGCACAUUAAGGGUGCUGUGCUUUCCCAAUUAGCAUUCACUAGGGUCCAGCUCUUUAGGCAUCAACAUGUUCUUCUGAGCCAGGAACACUGCACACUGCCUGCAGACUCCAGUAGGAGUGGUCCUGCUGCAGCUGCAAUGCAGAAUUCUACCAGGCCCUUGCAGUGAUGAGGCCAGGAAUGGAUGCUGUAAUCAAAGCAAAUGGAAACCACAAUGAUCAGGAUUGGAAUCGGUGCCCCCUAUGGCUUAUUUCACUGCAUUUCAUGCUCUUAAAAUAGAUAUUUCAUGAUUUAAACAUAAUAUUUAUUAAAGCAGAAAAAAUAGUAAUGUCACAUUCAAAAUAGAUAAUUUUCUCUGGAGUUCUACAACAUAUGUCCCUAAAUAUUGAAAUGCUUACCUGAAAUACAGUAAAUAGUACAUUGUAGGAUAUUUAGUUUAUGUCCACCAUAUAAAGACAUUCUAUUUUCACCAUCAGUGAGUUAUCAAACAAGAAAAACAUACAUGUAAAAAUAAGACAUAUGAAAUGUCCCCUUCUUGUACCGGACACAGCAAUCUCUAGCAGAAAUAUUUGUGAUCUUUGCUGCAGCUAGUGUCUUUUUGGUGGAAGACAUUUUAAGAAAUCAUGCAGCUCUAUGCAGUGUGUGUUCAAUCAUUUACUGGAGGCAAACUAAACCGGCUGCCAGGUUCCUGAAUGCAGGGUAACAAGUAGUGUGUCAAUAAGGCAAACAUUUGCAGUAUUUAUAUAUGUAGAUCUUGAAUUAUGUGAUAACCGUAAAAAAAAAAAUACAGCCUUGCCUAUGGCCACUGAGAAAGUUGUGAGUUCUUGGCGCCAGCUCUACCUACCACAUUUCAGUACUCUAACAUUUGACGAUUACAGUUUUUCCACUGUUACUGUUGAAUCCCCAUGUAACUUCAUGACCACCCUCUACAGUGAACAAAAUACAGCACAGCCUCAAGUACUCUGACCAAUAGUUGUGUGUGAAAGUAAUCAGUCUGGUUAGCCGAUUAUCUGGAUAAUUGACCCACUCCAUGAAAGUAACAAGAACACAAUGCAAAAUUGAAAUCUACUGCAAGCUAAGAGCUCUGUGUGUUUAAAAGCACCGAACUGCCAGCUGUGAGCCUGUCUAGUCUGCAAAUUAACAUCUAAACAUGUAAAAGAAAAAUCAGACAGACCUUCAUAUUCUUGACUGUACUGUAGUUCAUUCCAGAUUACAAGUCUUUUGGACUGCAACUGGUGAUAAAUCAAGCACCCUAAAGAAGGGACAAUUUGCGAUCAUAAAGAUUGUAUCGGCAACAUCCCACUUCUCUUGCCCAGCAGCUAUGGGUUACAGGGUUCUACAGGGUGUCCCCAUUAGUCAGGUAUCGUACUCAGGAUCAUAUAGAAGGAAGCACUCUGUUAAAAUCGUGCAGUACUUGCCCAGGCUUCCUUAUCGUGCAGUACUUGCCCAGGCUUCAUUAGGGUAUCGCUGGCUUCAGGCACUGCUCCAGUUCACUCAAGGUUAGUUUCCAUGUGCUCUGGGUCUUGACCUGCCCUCGAAAGCAAAGAGCUGGGUCUGCUUUUACAUGUGAAAAAAGGGGCUACAUUUCUAUUAAGGCCAAUACCCUUCUUCAGUAUCAUACUCUGAAAAGUUUAUAUAAAAGUGCUUUAUCCGACAUACACCUUAGUUGCUUCUUGCCAGUUCUGUAACAUAAGCACUUUUUAUUUAAAAAAUAAUGGUGCACUCACCUAGUAAAAGCUGGGUGAGUCUUACAGUCAGGAGCGCAAGUUUGUGACCUGGCUGUGCAAAGUUAAUGGUCUUUGCUGGGGAUUCCGAAGGGAGUGUCACAUUGAAGCAAAACCAUCAGAGACUGCUUCUCCUCAUCCCUUUACAGCGGACCAUGCUGGCCAGGCGCCUAGUGAGGCAGACACCUGCAGGGCUGACCUUUGUCCUCUAGGGGCCGUAGCUCGCUGACAUCCGCUCUCGAGUUCCUGGGUGUAGAAGAGGAAGCUGGCUCGGUCGUGGGAUCGGAGGACGUCCACUGAACCUUCAGUUCUGCUGAGCUGUGUGGGGAAUUGCUGUGGUGAGGGGUAAACAAAUUAUAAUUGGACAUUCUAAAUUGGGGAGAAAAUUGGGGUUAAAAUAAAUGGGCACUCUAAAGUAAAACUAAAUAAAUAAAUAUUGGUGCAGACGUAGCACAGUGGCACAUGCUGUGAAUAGGGCCCAAGGUAUUUACUUUCCCUCUGUUAAGAGAUCUAGACCUGUGAUAGCAGUCUGUGUGGAAAGCACAGUGAAAACCCCUCAAAUUUACUGACAUUGAUUGCUUUGUAACAAUAAAGGUAAUCUGCUUGAAUUAUGUUGUAAUACAAAGCUGCCAUAAUAAAUAAGAACAAAAAAACAC